AUGGCUACUAGACCUCCCCUUUCGCCCCCGGUCAAUGAGACAGAGCAUACCGCCAGCCGGAUCACUCGCGAUGGAAAGAAGAUCACCUACUACCUCAAAAUCACCCAACAACCCGAACGUGCACGAGCAUGCGGUGCAGGCGCCAAAUCGUCUGCGGACCGUCGUCCUGUUGAUCCUCCACCGGUUGUCGAGUUACAUAUCUACGAGUCCGACCCGAAGGAUGACCGGCACAAGACAGACAUCACCUUCGCCUACAACGCAAAUUUCUUUCUGUUCGCUACGCUAGAUACGGCUCGGCCGAUGGCACAAGGACGGCUUGCUCCGCCCCCGACAUGCCCAGUUCUCACAGGCGUCCCGGUGGCAGGCGUGGCAUACUUGGAUCGUCCGGUCCCGGCUGGAUACUUCAUUUUCCCCGACCUCUCUGUUCGGCACGAGGGUGUCUACCGGUUGAACUUCCACUUGUACGAGGAGACCAAGGACAGCAAGGAUGCGGAUGAGGGGGCUCCGAUUCCAUCACCCAUGAUGAAGGCGGGCUCCAAGCCCUCGGCACCUAAGUCGUUCUUGAAUUUCCGUCUCGAAGUCGUCUCCGUCCCCUUUACGGUGUUCAGCGCCAAGAAAUUCCCUGGAUUGACCACGAGCACCUCCCUGAGCCGGGUCAUUGCAGAGCAAGGUUGCCGAGUCCGCAUCAGGCGGGAUGUCCGGAUGAGACGACGGGGAGACAAGCGCUCCGACGACUAUGACUUUGACGAUGAUAGAUCCUACCGCGGCCCUCUCCCAGAUCGUGGUUCGGUUCCUGACGCUUACUCGAACCCUGUUGAGCGUCCUCGAUCCACCAGCAUUGGUUCCGUUGGCCCUGCUUCGUCCUACGGGGGCGAGGCUCCCCGCCGGCUAUCUGCAACUGAGUACGGCUUCCCGAGUGCUCAGACGUAUCCGCGCCCGGUCCCGCCUGCGCCUGCCCCUCCGCCAUCCUCAACCCCAACCCCAGUUGCCCCGAUCGCGCCUUCGUCUCGCAGCUCCUCCUACACUUCACAUCUUUCGUUCGGCGCGACGCGGACCCAAUAUUCAGCCCCGCAGCUACCCGGAACUCCUCAGUCGGCAACCACGCCCACCCAAGUUUACUCUCCUCAUCCGCAGUAUUCCCACACCAGAAACCCGUCGACCAGCACAGAGUCCGAGUCAGCACCUUCGGGCUGUCCUCCACCUUCUCGACUGCCGGCCGAACGGUCUGAGUACCCCAAGCUCUUGCCACCUAUCCGCAUGUGGCAUCGUUCCGAUCCUCCCACGUAUCGUGCUAUGGAUCCAUUUGCACCCCGUGCACAAACCCCCUCGAACCCAGCUCCUUCGCUCCCGCCCAUCGCAUCCAUAUCCGCUGAAUAUCCAAAUAACCCGCCUCAACCACCGACUCACAUUGCCCCGGCUCCGAACCGUGAACAGCGGGGAUUCCUGUGGGAUACCCGCACGGCCGCGUCAUCGAAGCGACCUCACGAGGAUGCCUUUGGUCAUAGUGAACGCCCCCUAUACAACGGCAUGCGCCCGGACUCGGACAACUACCCUAAUAUGGACCGUAGACCGUCGGACGUGCACCGGGCGGCGGUACUCAACAACCGGGACGAAAUGGCCUACCGCCGAGCCAACGGGAGAAUGGCCACCAAAAUCUCUCCAGUGGUUCCAUGA